GGCGCCGCUGGCGCACCCGGCGCACGCGCUGCUGUCCGUGGCGCACGCGCUGCUGCGGCCCGCCGGCGCGCUGGCCACGCGCGCGCUGCCCGUGCUGCCCAUCGAGGAGGACUGCAUGCCGGCCGCCGACGUCAGCGACCUGCGCGACGUCGUCGACGCCAUCAACAAGCUCUGCGACACCAUGAAGACGUCGUACGACGAGCCCGACGACGACUCCGCCGAGGGUCAGGCCGAGCCGACCGAGAGCUGGGGUGAGCCUGCGCCCGAGGACCGGUCCGUGCGCGUGGCUUUCGAUCCGGAACCCACGAAGGUCGAGCUCGAGACUUUCGGUACGCAAUCGUUGACUUUCGACCCGGAGCCGGCAGCUUUCGAUUCGGAAUCCGCGCUACCCGCGCGCCCGACUUUGAACCCUGAGCAGACGACUUCCGAUCCGGAACCCCCCGUGCAGGACAGAGCGAUAGUUUUCGACCCGGAGCUGGCAGUUUUCGAUUCUGAACCCGCGCCGACCGAGCCGAUCAGCGAAAUGUAUUAUACCGCCUCUUCUGAGGUGUCGUUGCUCUCCGAUACGGAUCUGCCGGAUAGAGUUCAAGGCGAGGACUCAGACAGGGAAAGGGACGACAGAGAGAGUGUGAUGGCCGGUCACGUUGCCGCGAUGAGAGAACGCUUCGAGAGCAUGACGAGAACUAACACGCCGUGUCCAGAUUUGAUGCGGUCUACGUCGCCGUCUUUCGAAGUAUUCAGGAAUAUUUCGUCUUCGCCGGAUAUUGAAAAAACGUAAAAUGCCUUAUUACGUUUAACCGUUUCGAUCUUUGUAUCCAAUUUUCAAUUAAAAUUUUUACUAAAUGUACAAUAAUGUAGGUUCCUAGUUAGUAUAAUCUAGGUAUUUUGAGAAAACAAGUUUCUAGUUACAGGAACAAUCCUAAUAAAGUUGAUGUUAAGCUCACCAUAGUCAAACAAUAAUAUCGAAUGUAAAGGAAUUAGGGGAAUUUAGAAGGAAUCGUGUUAUUCUGAGACUUACAAUGUCCAUUUACAAAAUAUAAUGUUGUCUAUGGUGAGCUAAGAGUAUGUUCUUAUGGUGGUAGAAAAUUUUAUACAUUUACUGUGUUAAACGAAAAAAAAAUACUACUUACCGUUCAAACUUCAUUGUUAACCUACAGUUUUCUUCGACUAUGGUGCCAUAAAUCCAAUCUGGUUCUUUAGAUUAGAUAAAAAAAAAAUGUAUUAUCUAAAGUAUUCUUAAAAAUAUAUUUAAUCAUUGCUAGUCCUUUCGUAUUACAAUAUUAUUGAUGCCCAAUGAACAUGCUGAUAGAAUGUUCAUACUUAGAAGGGUUGUGAUUUUUUUUUUUUUAUUCACUUCGCAAACAAACGAACAGUUACAUAUCGAAAAAAAUUGGUUAGCUUUAGUUAAAAUGUAGCCACGUUUUUACAGGCAAUAUUAUAUAGGGCUAGUAAAUGUUAAUCGUUUUGUGGAUAAUGUAUUGUAUUGUGUUGUGAUGUGAUCAUGGAAACGCUCAAAUUUUGUAGUUUUAUAAAUACUGUAGGCGUAUUAAAAACAUUGGAUUAAUAUUUCUCAGACCAAAUAGUGUAUAAAUUUGGUAAAACGGCUUAGUUAAUAUAGAUUCAUUCGAGUAUGUUUACAAAUGUUUAAAAAUAGCGUUGGUUGGGACAAGUUGCCAUGGAUGUUGUAUUUAGAUUUUAAUGAUUUGUUGAUGAAUUAGUUGUAAUAGCAACAUUUGUUUACUUAUGAAAUUAUCUGUUGUGAUUUUUACUGGGAUGUUUAUUCAGCGGACGACGGUCGGAGGGUGAUACUAGUUAUUUAGAUUUUUAAUAAUAAUCCUGUUACUCUAGGGUUUUGGUAUCGAUAUUUCUUCAAACAGUCUAGCGGUUAGAUGUGUAAUAUAGAUGUGUUAUGUAUACAAACGAGACUUUUUAUUACAACAAUUAAAUAUACGACACUAUUAAAGUA